GUUUUGUCACAGAACUCGACGGUCGACGUUUGGCACCAAAAAAGAUGAGACACGUCGUCGCAAACAAUUUCACGAGAUAAUCUGAUAAUCUCGCUGCCGUCCUCUCUCAAUUGCUUCUUCUCUUCUAGAUCACCCUCUACUCGAUCCUCUAGAUACCCAAUCCCUCCGUCCAGAUCCAAGAUGCCUGCUCCCUACUCGACUGGCGACAAGACCUCGUUUGGUUGGGUUACUGCUCGCGAGCGUUGGCCCGUCAUCAUCACCCAAGCCAUCGACGACCUCUACCGAUCCGUCACCCAGACCAAGGACGCCGAGAAGGAAGCUGAGGGCAAAAAGAUUAUUGAGGAGGUUGUCAAGAUCAAAUACGAGGUUCAGCACGACCGGGCAUUAACGCCGAUCGAGGACGAUGGAUACCCCGACGUGAGCAUCUACAAUGAGGAGCUCAAGAAGCUCGGCUCUCCCACAUGGCUGAACGUGCCAUGGCUCUACACCGAGUGCUACCUCUUCAGACGUAUCAGCACGCACUUUGCCCGGUCCACCCACUGGAAGAACUACGACGUCUUCGCCCGCCAGAAGAUGAGCACAUUUAGAUCGUCCCGCCCCGCUGUUGUCGAGCUGGCGUCAAAGUACAAGGAGCUUGUCGAGCAACUCCAGAAGAACAAGGGCGCAGCCCAGGACGAGGCCGCCGAGAAGCUUCUCUUCACCGAAAUGUGCGAAAUCUGCCUCUGGGGUAACGCGACCGACCUGUCCCUCCUGACGAGCUUGACGUACGAGGACAUCCAGAAGCUGCAGGGCUCGGAGGCUCGCAAGGCGUCCGAGAAGAACAUUGUCGUCAACGACCUCCCCGCCGUCUACGAGCUCCUGAAGAAGGCCAAGGCCGAGGGCAAGGCUGAGCGCCGCGUCGAUAUUGUGCUCGACAACGCCGGAUUUGAGUUGUAUGUCGACCUCAUUCUCGCCGGAUACCUGCUGUCUGCCGGCCUGGCCACCAACGUCGUGCUGCACCCCAAGUCCAUUCCGUGGUUCGUGUCCGACGUACUCCCGGGCGACUUUGCCCAGCUAUUGAGCGCCAUCGCGAGCCCCAAGCGCUUCUACGAGACACCCUCAGAAGAGGAGGAGCUUCAGGGCAAGACGCCCGAGCCUCUCUCGGCUGCGGACUCGGAGAGCCUCGCCUUUCUCUUCCAGGAGUGGAGCCAGUUCCACGCCGAGGGACAGCUCAUCCUCCGUCCCAACCGUUACUGGACACACCCCGGCCCCUUUUGGCAAUUGCCCGAAGAGGCCAAGGACCUGUACGAGGACCUCAAGGCCAGCGAGGUUGUCAUUUUCAAGGGCGAUCUCAACUACCGCAAGUUGACCGGUGAUGCCAACUGGGAUGCUGCUACACCCUUCACGGAAGCCCUCAAGAACCUCGGCCCCGGAUCCGGCCUCAACAUCCUCGCUCUCCGCACCUGCAAGGCCGAUGUCGUAGUCGGUCUCCAGCCCGGCGAGGACGAGAAGCUGCUCGCGACCGAGGGCGGCGGCGGCGACUCUGGCUCGAGGAAGUGGGCUUGGAGCGGCAAAUGGGCCGUGGUGUCUUUCUCGGGCGGGAAAUAAACUUGUCGCUUGAUUGCUAUGCUUGUUUUUUUUUUUUUUUCACUUUU